AUGUUCUUUGGCUCUCUGCUUUUGGUGGCCGCUUUGGUGUUCUGGGCCGUCAUUGCCGUGGAGCUGCUCCACCCCAUCACCUCCGGACUUCCCUAUCCUGAAUGCACCCACUGUUCUGCCGGAUUCAACGGCGUCUUUGCUGCAACGGUCACGCUCUUCCAGCAGAUGGUCAUGGGCGAUGCCUGGGGUUUGCUCCUUGCUCCUGCAAAGGCCGCCCCGUGGACCUUCCCAGUCCUUUUCGUGAUGAUGAUGACCGUUUCCUUGGGUGCCACGAACCUCAUCCUAGCAGUUAUUGUCGAGCGAGCCGCUCAGGGGCGUGACAAGGACCAAGAGCGGAAGAUCAAGCAGAAGGAGGAGGAGCGGUGCAAGAAUAUGAUCGACCUUGCGGUGCUGUGUGCCACCAUGGAUGAAGACAACAGCGGAUCACUUUCCCUGGAAGAGAUGCUGCAUGGCUACGAUCGGAACGAGGAUUUUCGGAAAUUGAUGCAGGACAUCAAGCGCGAAGACAUGCAGACCAUCUUCCGUGUCCUCGACAGUGACGACUCCGGCGAGGUGUCGUACUUGGAGUUCUGCCAGCAUUUGGGCAGUUUCCUGGAGCGCGACCCAGUGGUCAUGCACUCCUUGGUGAAGUACUCAAUCAUGGAGCUACGGAAGUUGACGCUGAGCUCAUGUCGGCCAAGCUUACGCCAAGACUCCCGAAAGGCCCCCCCCAAAAGAAUCCGAACCCCAAAAUUUGCAUCCUCAGUGGGGUGA